AGAGAGAGAGAGAGAGAGAGAGAGAGAGAGAGGAAUAAAAAGGAGGGGCGAGGCGGCGAGAGAGCGCUAGAGGCCAACAGCUCGAGCUUCUCCGCGAAACCCCACCCCUAGCGCCGCCCCUUCCCCUCCCCGGCGUCCUCCCCGCGCUCCGAUCCAAGAUGUAUAAGCUGGGGAGAGGAAACCGCGACAAGGUGCAGCAGUUCAUGACCAUAACCGGCGCGAGUGAGAAGGUUGCCCUUCAGGCACUGAAAGCUAGUGAUUGGCACUUGGAAGGAGCUUUUGACUUCUUCUAUAGCCAACCUCAGAUUUCUGCGGUCAAUACUCGGCAUCUUGAAGACAUUUUUAAUAGAUACAAAGAACCUGAUGCUGAUAUGAUCAUGGUGGAGGGAAUAUCUCAACUUUGCAAUGAUCUGCAGGUGGAUCCUCAGGAUAUUGUCAUGCUUGUCAUAUCAUGGCACAUGAAAGCCGCAACAAUGUGUGAAUUUACUCGCCAGGAAUUCAUUGGUGGACUGCAGUCUAUUGGGGUAGAUUCAAUCGAGAAAUUUCGUGCAAAGUUGCCAUCAUUACGAGCUGAGAUCAAAGAUGACAAUAAGUUUCGUGAGAUAUACAACUUCGCGUUCACUUGGGCAAGAGAAAAGGGUCAAAAGUCUCUCUCACUGGAGACUGCCAUUGGGAUGUGGCAGUUGCUAUUUGCUGAAAGGAACUGGCCUCUUCUGGAUCAUUGGUGCCAGUUUUUACAGGUCAGGCACAAUAAAGCCAUAUCUAGAGACACGUGGGCCCAGCUGCUGGAAUUUGUAAAGUCGAUUGAUCCACAGCUAUCCAACUAUGACGACGAAGGUGCUUGGCCCUACCUCAUAGAUGAAUUUGUGGAAUACUUGACUGAGAAUGGGUUGGUUCAGCGCACAAAGUGAGCUGCAACGGGGAGGCUGCGUCCCUCACCGAACAAUGGUUGGGUUGUACAAACACGAUUGAUCUCGGUGUAUACGAUGCCCAGGACCCGAUGUUGGCACUCCUGCUCAAUCCACUCAGCCAAACUGUUGGUCUAUCAUUGCAUGACUGAAUUUGCUGAUAAACGCGGAGAAAACGCAGCCUAGCCUGGGAAGUGGUGGUCCCGAGCCUGCCAUCGUGAACUCAUCAUCGAAAAUGCAAUGGAGAGUUUGGGACUCUGGUUAUCGUACGAGUUGUUUCGGAUGUAUCACUGUCACUUUCUACUAUAUUUCUAUUAUCCCCCAUCCUUUGUCACAA